GGCGCGGGCCGCGGCGCCAUGACGUCACGCCCGCGCGGGCGGCCGGCGUGCGUCGGGCGCGGCCAUGACGUCAUGCCCGCGGAGCCCCCCCCUCCCCGCGCGCCGGCGCCGUGACGUCACGCCUGCGGAGCUGCGGCCCGGGCCGGGCGGGCGGCGGCAUGGCGGAGAGCGAGGCCGAGACCCCCAGCACCCCGGGGGAAUUCGAGAGCAAGUACUUCGAGUUCCACGGCGUGCGGCUGCCGCCCUUCUGCCGCGGGAAGAUGGAGGAGAUCGCCAACUUCCCAGUGCGGCCCAGCGACGUGUGGAUCGUCACCUAUCCCAAGUCCGGCACAAGCCUACUGCAGGAGGUGGUCUACCUGGUGAGCCAGGGAGCCGACCCAGAUGAGAUCGGCCUGAUGAACAUUGAUGAGCAGCUACCGGUGCUGGAGUACCCGCAGCCAGGCCUGGACAUCAUCAAGGAACUGACGUCCCCCCGCCUCAUCAAGAGCCACCUCCCCUACCGCUUCUUGCCCUCUGACCUCCACAAUGGGGACUCCAAGGUCAUCUACAUGGCUCGUAACCCCAAGGACCUGGUAGUGUCGUACUACCAGUUCCACCGCUCUCUGAGGACCAUGAGCUACCGCGGCACCUUCCAGGAGUUCUGCCGGAGGUUUAUGAAUGACAAGUUGGGCUAUGGCUCCUGGUUCGAGCACGUGCAGGAGUUCUGGGAGCACCGCAUGGAUGCAAACGUGCUUUUCCUCAAGUACGAAGACAUGCACCGGGACCUGGUGACCAUGGUGGAGCAGCUGGCCAGAUUUCUGGGUGUGUCCUGCGACAAGGCCCAGCUGGAGUCCCUGAUUGAGCACUGCCACCAGCUGGUGGACCAGUGCUGCAAUGCUGAGGCCCUGCCUGUGGGUCGGGGUAGAGUGGGACUGUGGAAGGACAUCUUCACCGUCUCCAUGAACGAGAAGUUUGACCUUGUGUAUAAACAGAAGAUGGGGAAGUGCGACCUCAUGUUUGACUUUUAUUUAUAAUAACAGAAACGGCGAACUUGCAUGCUCACAAUACCCAGACGCUCUCCUAGCUCCGAGUCCCGUAUGCAUUCAUUUACUCCUUGCUGGACACACUCUGAAAGCAGCGUGUAAGCGACAGGGGAAGAGCCUGGUGGAAGGAGCGACCCGAGAGUGUGAUGAUUCCCGUCCAAAGCGGCGUCUUGCCUUUAGCGUUUGAAGCCUCAUGUGUCUGAUGAAAUCACAGUUCUGGUGGCCUGCACCCUAGUGUGACGUCUGUACCACAGGCAGCUGGAACGUCUGCCCCACAUACCCUAUGUCACUUACUGUAUUUUAUAGAGCUUUUCACUGGAAAUCUAAUAAAUGUCAGUAAACCAAAUACAAGUUCAUUUUGGAGGGGGAGCA